AUGGAAAGAGAGUAUUCGAUAGCAGGUAAACGUAACAUUUUGUAUGAAUGGAAGAUAAAUGAAUUUGUCUCAUUUAUUGAGUGCUACAAAGAAUGUCGAGAUUAUGAAGAACUUCGUUCGUCUAAAUUUUCAACGGGUUCUCAGAUUAAUGACAGCUGGUUUUUGCAGUUACAUCUUGAAAGAGAUGAACACACAAAAAAUAAAAAAAAAUGGAUAUCAAUAUUUCUAUACUUGUGUAAUGAAGAAAAUGUCAAAAUAAGAACACACUGUGAAUUUUUCAUUUUGGAUCAUCAGAAUGAGAAAAAAUAUUCACAUGAGUUUAACACCAUCUUUGGCUUCGAAAAAAGUUGGGGUUACCCGAAAUUUAUUGAGAUUGAAGAUUUUUUGAAAUCUCGAGAAGAAUUGUUGCCUAACGAUACUCUGACGAUUUGUAUCAGCCUCUCUAUAUUUGGCAGCUAUACGUCAAUUGUAAGUAAAGUUCCGCUGGAAGAAACCCAUAAAGUUAGUGACUCUAUAAAAGAACUUUAUGCAACUAAAUUAGCUAGUGAUAUCACUCUGGUAGUUGAUAACAAGAAAUUUUUGGCACACAAAGCUCUUUUAAUGGUACGCAGUCCAGUGUUCUCCGCGAUGUUCACCAGCGAUAUGAGAGAAACUAAGGAAAAUGAGGUUAAAAUAAAUGAUAUAGAUCCAAACAUUUUUGAAAAAGUGUUGAAGUUUAUUUAUAUAGACCAAAUUGAUCAGAUAAAUGAUAAUGAUGUUGUGGAUUUGUUGGACGCUGCAGAGAAGUUCCAGUUGCCAUCGCUCAAGAGAAUGUGUGAGAGAUCAGUUAUACAAUUUUUAAACACAGAAAAUGCAGUAAGACUUGCUACUUUAGGUGAUCUUUAUCAUUCUGAGGUGAUAUUAAAGUGCGCUACUGAAUUUAUUGUUGCCAAUAUUUUUCAAGUAUCAAAAACUCUUGAGUACGAAGCGUUAAAAAUAAAUCUAAAUAAAAAAGUUUUGAUCAACGUUUAA